AUGUUACACAUUCAAAACCAUCAUCAUCCUGUCGUCGUAGAGACCAUGGAUAUGAUGAAAAAUGAUAAAAUGAUGUUAGACGUGAAAGUUGAUCCAACUACUACCACUAUGACCACUACCAAAAAAACUGCCAUGCAACUACCAUUGAAAUCGAAUCCCAAUACAAACUGGAUGGACGUCAAAAAGAAAAUGGCCAUUGAAAAGCAACAGCGUCGUUCCUCAAGCCCACUCUCCAUGAUCAACCAAUCAAACGUAUCCAAUGCUUCAUUGCCUUCUUCAGCAACCACUUCACCACCCUCAACACCAUUGCCCUUUGCUGCAACAGCACGUAAUCAUUCAUUUUCAUCAAGCAGCAUCCAAUCUGUAUCGAGUGAUCAACUGCUGGAUCACUCCCAUCUCAAACCUGGCCAAAAUGCGAGUUUGUUGUCCUAUAGUAAAACCAUCAACAUGUAUAGAGAGAAUGCUAAAAAGACAAACAACAUGGAGAUUCAAUGCGACUUUGCCAUUUUUCUCGUAGAAGCAGCCAAGCGAUUGCAACAGAAGGAAGCUGAACAGCAGCAACAGCCCGAUGAACAACAGCAACAGCCCGAUGAACAACAGCAGCAACAUGCUUAUCUGAUGGAAGCUGAAAAACUACUUAAGCAAGUUGCAGUGCGUGGACACAGUGAAUCUCAAUACUACCUUGCGAAUAUGUAUGCAGCCGGCCUAUUGAAUAAAACUGGAAAACCUGAUUUUGACAAAUCGUUUCCUCUUUUUGUGCAAUCAGCAAAACACCAUCAUCCAGAUGCAGCCUACAGAACUGCAAAAUGUUAUGAAGAUGGUCUAGGCACUACCAAGAACAAGGGCAAAGCAGUGCAAUACUAUAGAAAAGCGGCAACUCUAAAUCAUCCAGGAGCAAUGUAUCGUCUCGGGUUGGCAGAAAUGAAAGGAGAGCUCGGCCUAUCAAGAAAUGUUCGAGAUGGUCAUAAAUGGCUCAAACGAUCAGCAGAAGCAGCAACAACACAAUACCCUCAUGCAUUGCAUGAACUUGCUCUUUUACACGAAAAAGGCGUUGAAUCUGUCAUUUUUGUUGAUCUCAAGUAUGCCGUCAGUCUCUACCACGAGGCUGCUAUUUUGGGCUAUGCACCUUCUGCACAUCGACUCGGUGAAUGCUACGAAUUUGGUAAGCUAGAGUGCACGCCAGAUGCUGCUCUCUCUAUACAGUAUUAUAGCAUCGCUGCUGAACAACAGCAUCCUGAGUCUUGCUUUGCUUUAACGGCUUGGUAUCUCGUUGGUGUUCCACAGAUUCUGGCGCCUUCAGAUGAGCAAGCCUACGCAUGGGCCAUGUGUGCUGCUCAAAGUGGAUUACCAAGAGCUGAGUAUGCCGUAGGUUACUUUUCUGAAAUGGGUAUUGGUACAGACAAAGAUGAGAACACUGCCAUGGAAUGGUAUCGCAAGGCAGCUGAACAUGGUGAAAAGAGAGCUAUACAGAGACUGCAACCCGCAAGCGUAAAUAUACCAAAGCAAAAGAACGCCAACAAACCGUUGCCCUCAGUCAACAUGAGCUUGCCAUCCACAACAUCUGCAGUAAAGCGACUGAGCUUUAUGAAUGCUGCUGCUUCUACAUCCACACUUGCCACCACCAAUUUAUCCAACACUGACAGUAACAGUAACAAUAGAAAGAGUUUCUUGUUCUUUUGGAAGAAACGAUCAUCUACUCAAAAGUAG